AAGUCGUAAGAGGAGAUAAAAGAAACAAACUGAUCCCAAAAACCGGUUGAAGGAAGAAAGACAGUGCAUUGCGCGAAUUUAACACUUGUCCGACCGCAAACUGCUUUUAUUACCAGCAGAGCACGAGUCCCCUCCCCUCCCUUCAGACUAGAUUGCUCUCUCUCUCUUUCUCGCGUCUCCGACUCUCCGCCCUCAGCCUCAGGAUUGGUAUAUUCGUAAGAUUCAGACUUCUGAUGGUUCAACAAACAAAAGAAUCUUCAUUUACUGAAUACGGGCUCGGUCAUGCUGAUUCUGGUUUGUCAAACUCUGAUAAGCAGCUUUCAGUGUCUGUGGCUGCAAAGACACCAGAGGAUUCACGAAAUGAAAAUCUAAUGACGGUAUCAAAAUCUAUUUUCAGCCCUCUCCUUAUGGACGAUGGAGCAUGUGCUGGUGAAGUAGUUAGGGUUUCUGGAACCAAAAGGCCAAUUCCUGAGUGCCUGCGGAGCCCUGCAAAGAGUAAUGCUGGGAGUGCGCACAUAGUGUAUGUUCGCAGAAAACCUGAACCAGAGUUGGCAAAGAGUAAUGUUUGUGAUGCUAAAAGUGACACUGUUGAUUCUCCUGAUUUAAGGAAAUCCACUGACCAGGGUGACAAAACUCAACAGCUUAUGGAGAUGAAUGAACCUGUGAUUUGUACCUCAGAUGUUGCUCCAAGUUGGAAGGCGUCUUCGCUGAGUUUAUCGCCUACAAGGCCCUCACUUUCUCCUUCUCUUCGAAGGUCUUGUAAUACGAAUAUCGCAUCACCAGAAAAUAUUGAGCAUGUUCAUGUUAAUUGUGCAAAUCCUUCAUCAGAAGAUCCAUUAACAGCAAAUGUUAAGCUUUGGGAAGAACGAUAUCGCCGCUUGCAGAGUUUGUUGAAAAUGUUGGAUCAAUCAGAUCAAUAUGAAUAUGUUCACUUGCUUCGAUCGCUUUCCUCUGUUGAACUUAGCAGGCAUGCUAUCGAACUUGAGAAACGAUCAAUUAAGCUCUCACUGGAGGAAGCAAAAGAGAUUGAACGAGUUGGCUUCAUUGAUGUGUUGGGGGGUAGAUAUGGGAAGAAUGCUUGUACGCCGUCUAGUCAGCAAGAGCAGCAGUUACACAAUUGAGGUGGAAUGUAAUACUUGUGGACAGAGAUGUGUGUUAUUACUUACUGCAGCAGCAAUAUAUAUAGAUAUAAAUGCAUUUGUACGUGCGUACCUGUGGUCUGUCGUUGUAAUAUAUAUAGAUAUAAAUGCAUUCUGCAGGUUCAAGUGGACUAGUACUGAUGGAUGUUAAUGGAGACUCGAGUGUACAUGUUGUCUCUGUC